CUGGUCGCGCCACCAAACUAUCGGUCCGUGAAUUACAAUCACCCUCGCUCACUUUUCGCGUUGUUUGUUUUGAAAUUUCAUCGGGCACCGGUGCGUCUAGAAACGUCGAUUGCAAUUCACUGGAUUUCAAGAUGUCGAAGCUCCCAGAGCAGCAAAUCAAUGAAUUGAAAAUCUUCGUCAACAUCCUCAAGUCGAAUCCUGCCAUAAUCCAUACACCUCAGCUUGCCUUCUUCAAAGAGUACAUCUUGUCCUUGGGCGGAGUGCUUCCUCCAAUUGGGCCCGAGGGCAAGCCCUUCGAGCCAACAAAGCAAGAGCAACCAAAAUCUGAGCCUGCCACUGAAAAACCGAAGGAGGAAGAGGAAGAACUCGUUGAGAGUGACAUUGAGUUGGACACUGAGGGUGUUAUUGAGCCUGACAAAGAUGAACCUCAGGCAAUGGGAGACGAGGACAAGGAAGUGACCGAGGAGGACAUGGACAAGGCAAAUGAAAAGAAGCGAGAGGCCAUUUCUGCCUUUAGCGAGCAGGAGUUUGAAAAAGCCAUUGAGCUUUACACUGAGGCCAUUCUGCUCAAUCCAGGAGCUGCUCUGUUGUAUGCCAAGCGUGGCCAGUGCUUCCUGAAGGUCAACAAACCAAACGCCUGCAUUCGUGAUUGCUCUAGAGCCUUGCAAAUCAACCCUGAUAGCGCUGCCUCCUACAAGUUCAGAGGAAGGGCUCACAGAUUACUUGGCCACUGGAUUGAAGCUGCUCGCGAUCUGCGGAAUGCAUGCAAGAUUGACUUUGACGAGCAGACCGACGAGUGGCUGAGAGAGGUCACUCCCAAUGCCCGCAAGUUGGAGGCGCACAAGCUCAAGUACGAACGCCUCUACCGCGAACGAGAGCUUAAGGAGCGCUUGGAGAGGGCCAAGAAGGCCAGAGAGGAGCAUUCGAAGGCGGCGCGUGAGCAGGAGGAAAGGGAAUCCUUCGGGGAUGACGCCGGCGACGAGCAAGGAAUGGGCGAUUUCUUCAGUCUCAUGAACGACCCUGAGCUCAGGGCUGCCCUGCAGGACCCUGAAGUGGCUCAAGCCUUUGCAGACAUUUCUACCAACCCUGCCAACAUCAUGAAGUACCAAAACAACCCCAAGGUGCAGAGCCUGAUCAAAAAGAUGGCUGAAAAGUUUGGAGGCAGUGGCAUGGGAGGAAUGGGCGGCAUGCCAGGAAUGGGAGGCAUGGGUGGAAUGGGCGGGAUGGGAGGCAUGCCCGGCAUGGGCGGAUUCCCAUUUGGGGGCGGCUUUGGCGGCGGUGCACCCCCCAGCGGAGGCGCUCCCCCAUCUGCUGACAACGCAGAUGACGUCGGACUCGACUAAAACUGCAUCCGAAGCUGGUGAAGUGGUCGGUGAAAUUUUAAAUACCCCUGCCGUGUUUAAUCUCGCCUAGUUACCCAGCGGAAGCAAAGACUGAAUUAAAUAAUGUUUUCACAGUGUAGCAAAACCCUCGCUUGGAACACAUCACUAAAGUGCGUAAUUUCACAAGCCGACUGCCAUGGAAAUCUAAUAAUAUCAAAUGGGCAUUGUUGAUUGUAUAACACUUCAUUUUUACAUACAAAGUUAGUGCUUACUGUAGGGGUUUUAAAUGCUAUUCAAGACUAUUUGAUUAUACUUAAUCAAAUAAAAUAUUUCAUUGCGAGUUGAAACAAUAAAAAUUAUUGCU